AGAGGUUGAAAAAAUGAACCGCUACUUUAAGUGAUUUUUUUCUUCACGCCUCAGUUCUAAAAUACAUCUAUAUCUAUGGGUGUUUCAUCUCUUCACUCCAGCAGAUGAUGGACUUUUUGCGCAACAGCGCCGGCUCUUUCGCGAAUAGGGAGACUAAAUCCCGAAACUACAGCGCUGAGCGAAUCCCGUUUCCGGAGAGCGUCGACGAUGCGAGUUCCAGCUCGGGCGCCCGUGCGAUUUUUCCCGGCGGAAAGCGAACAAGGAACAACCAAGCAUCCCGCGGCACCGGACAAGAUAGAAACGACGAUGCUGUACAAAACGACAGUGAGGAGGACGAGGAGGACAUUCCUCGUAGCAGCGAAGAUGAAGCUACGAGCAGCACUUCCUCAAGCAAUUCAACCAGCAGCUCUUUCGACGAAGCGGCCCACGCUCGGAAACUCUCCUCCACGAGAGACUCUACUGCCUCCACUCCCAGCCUGCUGCGCACACUCUCUGGGCGGGCUCGCCAGAUCGCGGCCCUCACCGCCGGCGUGCGGUCCCACACCCACCGUGAGCGGGAUAUGCGCGCGGUUUUGGUGAUUUGCUUGCGCGUGGGCGGGAAGUUCGAGUUGGAGGAAAAGUACGUGAGGAAGGUGGCGCGGUUAUUAAAAAGCAGCAGUCCCGACACGUACGGCCUGGACAAAAUGGUUUUGCGGAAAAAGCUCCAGCUAAACCGCAACUUCCUGCACAAGCUGAUCCUUUCCGAGCUGGUCGCGGGGUGCGCGCGGCAGGGCAUGUGCCUCUUCGACGCGCUGGACCCGCGGGCGGGGAACUGGAUCCACUUGGCGAAGACAAAACAGUACAGCAUCCUGAACCCGCCGGCCCUCCACAUCGUGAAAAACAAGGCGUUCCUGGGGGUCAUGUUCUACGAACCGCCGGACUGGCGAACGAUUUCCAGUCGGGAGCACCGGGAGCGGGCCAGGAAGCGCGGGGAGGAGGAAGAGGAGGAGGACGCGGGAGACUCUGGAGGAGGCGGCGGCCAAGCGGCGAACAUUGUAAGUACUAGAAUAAAUAUCACUUUUGUCAUGCUUCAUCAUUUAAUUCGCUUGGUACUAAGGAGAAAGACCGACCUCUUUCGUCGUUGUUUACUGAAGAUGUUGUCGUCGUGGUCAACAUGCGUAUUUAUACGAAGUAGGGCGGGCACCAGUAGGAACAAGACCAACAAAGAAGUGAGUGCACCACUCUACUUUUUCAUCAGGGUACCAACCACUUCGAUCCUUUCCACGUGCGCGCGACGUUGCGGCUCCACCGGGAUCUGCACCUCCUGCCGACCUCGGUCUUCGAAUGCACCCACAGUUUCCAAUAUGACAGUGCACAACUCCCCCUCCCGCUCAUUUGUGUUGCAUGAACAGCAACACGAGCGCUGGCAAAGAUGCAACUUUUGCAUGGCAAAUUCCUAGGGGUUUGGCGGGCUUUUUCGUAUUCCGGAAUCUGUCAUGCAAACAGUACUAACAGGCAAAGGGUGGAUUUGAAAUUUUGCAUGACAACUGAGAUCGACGAUAAUAGUUGCGUUGCUGGUCCUGUGCCAGUCGCGGGGCAUGUUCGGGUGUUCCGGGCUGUGCUUUGUGCACCCCUCGGACCCCGCACCCCCCCGGGCUCAGUAGCGCAGUCUGUUAAGCAUGACAAAUGAGGGGGAGGGGGAGUUGUGUACUUUCAUAUCCAACUGGAGCUGCUCCACGCCGCGCUGGACCAGAUCUGCUUCGACACCGAGUCAAAGCUCGCUCUGAUGCUGCGCGAAGCCGAGGGACUCGUGUACGGCCCCGGCGGGGGAGGUGCCGGCGGAGCCGCUUCUUCGCCCCAUGGAAGUUCGCCGGAUAGAAGCAAAGGCUCCACUAGUUCUGGCCUCCCGGCACCACCAGCUGCACCAACAGAACAAUCCCUCCCCUUCGCGGAAAAGUUCGUGACCAAGAAGCUGGAGCAGGCGGCAUGCUUGGACGCGGUACCCGUGCUCCCCUUCGCCCAGGCCAUUGGGUUUGUCAAGGACGUCUUUGCGCUGCACGAGCAGUGGGACGACGAGGGCGCGCCGCACAUCAGCCUGCGCGAAGGUCUGCAGCCGAUUCGUUGCGACGGAAAUAGUCAUGGGGCUACGGACAGAGGGAGUAUGGGAUCAUCAAGAACAUUCGAUGGCGAAAGGGAAAAGUUGUCGGAGGCCCAUGAGCGUGAUGUACGUCGAAAUUAUGCCAACGGUGCCAGCGCAGACGUACUCAAUUCCACGUCCGACAGAAUAACGAUCGGCGGAACAAGUCCUCCAUCCCUGUUCGGGUUUUUGGCCCGAGGGUUGACCACCACCGCGGAUGAGGAUGGAGAGCGGGAUGCAAGCAUACUGACUUCCGACGAGGAAGGUCAAGCAUCUUCCAACGUAGGUGGACGGACACGACGAAGAGACCACGGCGGCGAUGUUUCAACUGACGACGACGAGGACUUGGACGAUCAGCCGUCGGCAAGCAGCCCGGCAGACUUCACCAAGAAAUUUUUUCAGCGCGCAGGGACCUUCGUCCGGUCGACAAUGAAGCGAACGAGUCACAUGUUGCUCGGGAACAACAGAAAACCGCCCAGCGAAAUGCUCGCCGCGGAGGUGGAGCUGACCACGCAGCAGCGGUCCAAUUCGAGCAGCCGAGCGACGCGUGCGGCGACGCGCGGGCGGAGAACGGACGAGGAAAGCGAUUUUAAUGUCCUUUCCGAGGGCAACCACAGCACGGCGCCGCCGGGUCGUGGUCGAGCGGGAAAUAAUAAAGAUAGAGGUACAGCAGGUAGCAGAAGAACGAACAAGGGCAACACGUCGAGCACCAGGGCGGCACACCUGCCCCGCGGCCGGGCGUCAUUCACUGGCCUGAGCUACUCGGUCGACGAUGCUUUUGACGCACCGUUCGUACAGGGCACGAGUCCCGCGUUUCUCGCCCGCGUGGACGCGUACUUCAACUCGGUCGAGGUGGUGGAGCACAUGAGCAUCAUGCAGGGCUACUUGCGCGCCCUGUCCACCUACCCGGUGGUGCUGGGAAUCUUAGUAACGAUAAUGAUGUUCCUGACCAUAUCCUGAGUAAAAACGUACCCACACCAUAGUCAAGAUGGGGAAUCGGCUAGACAAAUCCACAAGUUUUGGCUCUUUUGCAUGACAAAUUUGGAUUCGUAGUGUAGUGCUGUUUGAGGUAGCUCAGCAGCAUCACAGAUAUCGCAUACCAUGCUGAUUGGAGCAUGACAAAUUGCAAAACACGACUAGAAAUUGCUUCUCAUGACGCUCCGCAUGAGAAACAUUUUCAGCAUGCAGAUUUGCAUUACAACUCUGGCGUGGGUACGUUUUUACUCAGGAUAGACCACCGGGUUGUCUGGCCCGCAGAUGGACUACACGAUCGGCCUGUAUUACAAUGAAGAAUGCCCCCACCCCCGAACUUGGGAGCAUUUGUAUUGCAAACCUUUCCAAAUGAAACAUUCGCCCUCUUGCUCCUAUCAGCAUCACAGGUUUCCAAUGGUGAAUAGCAAACAUUGGUAUUGCAAAAGACCCCAGCAAGAGCGGCGCUUGUCAUGCAAGCGAUGCGAUACGGAUACACACCUAGAUUCUGCAGCAGAAAGAUUCAUACUCCUUUCAUGCAUGACAAAAAGUUUUCAUUUGGAAACUUCGCAUCACAAAUUUUUCCAAUUUCAGGGGUGGGGGGCAUUUUUCACUGUAAUAGCCUGCGCCGCACGUUUGGAGAUUUCCUGUUUACCGAAGAAGAGGAGGAGAUCGAGGAACAGACUGCGGAUUAUGCUGAUUUCGGGUCCUCUACUCCACUCGGACCUUCCUCUAGUGCUGCUGCCGGAACUUCUGGCUCUACUUCCGCAAGAAUGCUGCAAGCCAGCCAGGGAGAAGAAGAGGAAGUCGGCGUGGACGAUUCGGAUCAUGGGAGACACUCGGGUAGCAGUGGCAGUGGAGUAGAGCAUGCCACGAUUGCCUCUUCAGUGGGAAGAAAGUUUUCAUCUCGCAACGAGGAGAAGGGAGCGAGUCGUUCGAAAGACGAACUUUUUUCCACCAAUACUGCAGAGCAAAUGCAAAUGCAGCGCGAAGCCGACCCGGAUUUUUGGCGGUACACACCGGACCGGUAUCUCCUUGCGUACCAGAAAGCAAAGACCCAGGCUCAGCAGAGAGAAAAGAACGCAAGGAGAAAAAUGACGAAGCAGGUGGAUGAACAUCAAAUAGAUAAGAGGAGAAGAAUGACAGGACUAUCUGCUGACGAGGGUACAAGAACAACGAGCCAGAUAAAUGAUCCCCCUCCACGGAAACGGCGGCAACUGUUGACGCAACAACCAGCGCAGGACCCGGCGGAAAAGGCGAUUUUGAUGUGGAGUCUGGAGUAUCCAGUGCAAAACUAUCGUACUCGUAUUGCAAUCAUGCAUUACAAAUCCUUUACCUAAGGUCAAUCUGCAUUACAAAUUUUCCUUCUCAUGCUGAGGGAAUUUGUAAUGCAUUUAUACGAGUACGAUACUUUUGCACAGGAUAUGGAGGAGCAGGCGUACGCGAGUUACGUUGCGUUUCUCUCCCUCGUAUCAAAUGUAAAAAUGUCUGGGUCUGGAAGAAUGCGCGAUUUGUCAUGCAGCUUUUCCAUGACCCAUGAGGUCUGGAAUGCAGGACCUAGCAUGACAGAUUCUGUGCGAUCCCUCUCAUGCCUAUCCUGCAUGAGAAACUCCCUCGCGACUUGGUCAAAACUGGACGACUUUUGGUAAUCAUGCAACACAGAUUUUUCGCUGCUUCAGAUUUAGCAUGAGAAGUUGGAUUCUUCCAGACCCAGACACUUUUGCAGUUGAUACCUCGUGCUCCCCAUCUGGGCGACGUUCUACACGGUGAAGCAGAAGCGGAAGGUGCGUUUUGUGGAUUACAAUGUGGAACUGACCCGCCACCGGAAUCUGUACUGCGUCCGGUGGUCGAUGCAUGGGGACAUCGUGGACCACAUGAGCAUGAGCCGCGAGAAGGAGUUCCGCAGCAAGAAGGCGCUGGAGGAGCUAGUGCGCGUACACCACGACAACGACGUGGAGCAGCUGCGGCACCACUUCCAAAUUUUUCAGCAGCACACCGCGGCCAGCGUGCACGGCAAGGUCAUCCUCGACUCGGACACGCUGAAGAGCACCCUGCUAGCGGAAUUUUACGAACAAAACACCCAGACGGAGUUCCUCAAACUCAGACUCGAGCAUGUCGCGGAGCAAUUGAUUCUGGUCCCGCAGGGUGGGGGUCAAACAAUAAAUGGGAACAUCAACAAGACGAUCAUGACAAGAAUGGACGAAACUACGGAAGGAGGUCGUGAAGAUAGUACUAUUGCAAGAACUUCAUCAUCUUCCCCCUCGGUUGAUGUAUUAUUCAACAGCAACAAAAACGUCGCGCACCUGCCGAGAAAACCCAUCGACUUCGAUUACGGGCACGAAACCUCGCGGUUUAUGGAGGUGAGUUUGCGGCUGACGGAGCGGAUAUCAAAGUGAAAAAAGCCCCCAUCCCAUAUCGGAAACGGAAGAUGCGCGAAUUUGUGAUGCUGUAUUUGAGUACACAAAUCGACUUGUAUUGCUAGAAGGCCAAGAGACGAGGAAGCUACGGCCUAAAUUGCAGGUAAUCUGUCAUGCUGUUUAACACUUCCAGCUGCCUCCUGUCAUCCGGGAGCUGCAAGGCUUUCCCAAGCUAGGCAGCACUGCAGUCCGCAUCUUUUGCCUUCUAGCAUCACAAAGCUGAUCUGUGAGCACAAAUCUGCAUCACAGAUUUCCUUUUUGAUAUGGGGAGGGGGCAUUUUUCAUUGUAAUAGCGGAAUCUGGAAGCCCAGGGCGGCAUCUCCGCCAGUCGGUACGCAGCGGUUUUUAUCGUUUUGGCGCUGAUGCUGGUGGUGUCGGCGUCCUUUCUGCAGCGCAUGCUGCAGCUGUUUCUCGACUUUGAGCACCUGGCCUUCACCGACGAGAAGGUGCAGGCGGCGAUCGGCACGAGUAUCAUCCGUUUUCAGGUGUUCGUGAACAUCCCGAGUUUGGUCUACAUCCUCGGCUUCCAGGUGCUGCUGCGGCCGAUUUUCUGCGUGAUCGGGAAACUCCUGACGAAAUUGGAGGGGCACAUCCUGCGCGACCAGUACAACGUCUCCUUGGCUUUGAAGGAGGCCGUGUUGGACGCAGCGGGCAACCUCGCGCUCCCCCUGUACCUGCUCAUCGCCGUGAACGAGCAGCAGCGCGCGGUCAGCUACUGCAUCCUGCACAUUCUGCUGCGCGCGUUGUUCAUGAACCCUUGCCUGUUAAUUCUCGUACCGUACCUGUGGACGCUGUACAAGGCCCGACGGACGACGCUGUCGCUGUAUGGUGAGCAAGAACGUCCCCACCGCAGAAUCAAGAUGGCAAGUCUGCUACACAAACCAACCAGCUUUGGCUGUUGCGCAUGAGAAAGCUGGGCGCGCAAUGUGGUCGUCUUCAGCUAGCGAAGCAGCAUCACAGAUUUAGCAUACCAUGCGGAUGCGGGCAUCACAGAUGGAUCGCAAAACACCAAGAGAGACUGCUUCACAUGGGUCUCCGCAUGAGAAACAUGUUCAGCAUGCAGAUUUGCAUUACAACUCUGGGGAGGUGGGGACGUUUUUACAAAUGAUACUCUGCCCUCCUUCUUCUUCACCGUGCGGAAGCACCAAGUUGUGGACUACGACCCGCAACUGGAGUUCUCCCGGCAGGCGGACCGGCGCGUCGUGAAGGAGCGCCCCUACGAAAUCGCGACCACCAAGGAGUCCCUCGCGAAGCGGUCCGCGAGUGCGCCGUCCGGGGGCGACAGCUACUUGUCGCUGCGGGACCGGGUCCUGCACAACUACUACCUCUCGCACGAGCUGCAGGGCCCGAAGUUGAAUCUGUACACGGAGUAUUUGGAGAUUUUGGUGAAUCUGUGCUUCCUCACCUUCCUCUUUCCGGUCGUGCCCCUGAUCGCGCCCCUCGCGUGGAUCCACCUGUGGGUGAUGUGUCGGACGGUCUCGUGGCGCGUGUCGCACGGGUGUCGGCGGGUGUACCGAAAUCUCGUGGAGGACGACGCGACGAAUUUUGUCGGGUCCUUUCUCCUGCUCACCACCGGGUCCAGCUUGCUGUUUAUCGCCUUCAACUGGGCGCAUUUAUACACGCGGCUGAACGUGGGCGGGAUUUUCAGUAACUACGUGCUCAUGCUCGCCAUGCUGUGCAUGGCGUUUUUCCUAUACAUUCACGUCAUGAUACCCGCGGAGCCCGAGGAGCUGGAGGUCCGGCGGGAUUUGGACCGCGCGAAGCGCGAUAUCGAGCUGUAUCGGGCGAAAACGAAACAGGAGAUUGGAGACUUGCGAAAAGUUCUGGCGCACCGGAGAAAUCAGCAGAACAGCGCACGCAUGCAAAGUGAGUUGUUUCGGCACGACUUCCGAACAUCAAACACGGCCGAGGAACUGCACCUACAAAGAAAUGCAGAUGCUGCAGCGGAGCGGAAUGAUUUUCAACAUCAUUUGGACGACGAUCACUCUCCUAUGCCCGCCAAGAUGCGAUUUGGAGGGACGGUGAAUCCGGAGAACCGACGAAGGCCGACGACGGAGAUGGAUGAACUAGACGAAGAACGGGAAACGGUAAUGCCGCGCUUUCAGCAAACCGCAAUGCUAGGCCGCGCGACUGGUGCUGUGACUACAGCGGCCAGUAGCAGGUCACUUCUGGAGCGCACAGGCACCAUAAGCAAACCUUUGGGCGGGGGCGGAACCUCGCCAGCGGGACCAGGGGGCCGCGAGGAGGAAGAUCAUUUGCGAGGUGUCGAAGAUGACCGGGAGGAGGUACUACAACUGGCCUCCUCCGGGCAACGAGCGGCUUUUUCGAAGCAGGUCAGCUUUAGUACCGGCUUGGCACCUGCACCUCCGGUGACAGUGAGAUCAAGCGCUUUCAAAAAGACGGGUGGUGGAAUAGUUGGAAGAUCAAAGAACUACACAAGGCCGCAAGAGGGAGAACAAGCGCACAACAUGCUGCUGAGUCGAGGCACAAAGCAAAGUGCGGAAGACGUCGUUGAACAGGCGGACGCGAAGAACGAGGACCACCGGAAGAGCAAGAAGGAGAAAAAAGAAAAACGCGUGAAAAGCGCCAGCCGUAACGAGGAAUCUCGGGAGCGACUUCUGAUGUCUCGAGGGACAGAAGGAGAGGUUGACAUUGAGAUGACGCAAAUGUUGACGAGAGGCAGUGGCGGCGGGCCUGCUGGUCCUGCGUGAAGGCGCUCAUCGAUCGGUGAUGCGCAUUUUUUCGUGCGUCACCUGUUUUUGAAGCGCACUGACACCGAAAUCAGCGAACAAAGCAAGAAAGGCGCCUCAUCGACGAAGUGCGGCAGCUUCAAUGCUGCUUCCAAGAAGUAGAGAAAAAAACUGUGGCACUGAGGGUGCUUGACG